AUGGCGGCCGCCGAGGCCCGCGGCCCGUCAGAGCCCUUCACCAAAAUCAAGGCGCCCCGAGGGGAGGCGGCGGCCGACAGGGAGGGCGGUGCGCCCCGCGCCCAGGCCCCGGAGGGCGCCGGCCAGGCCGAGCCCCAGGCCGACUGGCAGCCGCCGGGUGCCAGGCCCGUGGGCGCCGAGCCCGCGCUGCCCUGGGACGCCGGGCAGCGGGCGGACGGCGACGGCCCCGUCCUGAGCGUGCAGGCCGCGCAUGUGGCCCUGGCCGACGAGCUCGCGCAGCCGCCCGCCGCCCCGGAGCCGUGCCCCCCGGAGGAGCUGCAGCUCAUGCGCUUCCACCUGCUGGUGGAGAACGUGGCGGCCGCCGUGGCCCUGCAGGACCCGCACUCGCCACCGGCCUUGAGCGGAAGCUCGCCACUGACCAAGUUUGAGGGAGGACAGGAGGAGGACCAGCUGUUGCCAGGAGGAGCACUGGCUAAAAGAGAAGAGCAGUUCUUCCUUGUGGAAAUGACAUCGGGAGAGGAAGGAAAAGACCAGAUCGUUCUGACCAUUUCAAAUUUGUGCAUGGAAGAACAGCAUGCUAACCCUAAACCGGCCCAGGGGCCAGAAGACACUGGAAAAGCCAAUGCCGUAAAAAAGACAAAGGGAACAAAGCAAACCUUCAGCUGUGAUGUCUGCCAGUUCACCUCAUCCAAGUCCUCCAGAUACAAGCGUCACAUGAGAACUCACACCAAUGAGAGGCCUCACCUGUGUCACCUGUGCCUGAAGGGUUUCCGCACUGUCACACUUCUGCGGAACCACAUCAACACCCACACAGGAACCAGGCCCAACAAGUGUAGGGACUGUCACAUGGCAUUUGUCACCAGCGGAGAACUUGUCCGGCACAAGCGUUACAAGCACACGCAUGAGAAGCCCUUCAGAUGCUCCAUGUGCAAGUAUGCCAGUGUGGAGGCCAGCAAGCUGAGGCGCCACAUGCGCUCACACACGGGUGAGCGCCCCUUCCAGUGCAGCCUCUGCAGCCACGCCAGCAAGGACGCCUACAAGCUGAAGCGCCACAUGCGGACCCACUCAGGUGAGAAGCCCUACGAGUGCACCAUCUGCCACGUCCGGUUCAGCCAGAGUGGGACCAUGAAAACACAUGUCCUUCAGAAACACUGCGAGAAUGUGCCCAAACACCAGUGUCCCCACUGUGCCAUCGUCAUUAAAAGGAAGAGUGACCUGCGCGUCCACCUGCACAAUAUGCACACCUACACCGCCAAGGAGCUGAAGUGCCGCUACUGUGACGCCGUCUUCCAUGAGCGCUGUGCCUUCAUUCAGCACCAGAAGUCCCAUAAGAACGAGAAGAAGUUCAGAUGUGAACAGUGUGACUACACCUGCAGGAAGGAGCGGUGCAUGACCUCGCACAUGCGCACCCACACAGGGGAGAGACCCUUCACCUGCCUCGCCUGCAACAAGGGCUUCCUCCAGAAGCAGCUGCUCAGGGAGCACCUGAGGAAGCAGCAUGACUCGGGCAACGUCCCCGUCGCCUAUGGAUGCCUCGCAUGCGGCAAAGGCUUCUCGCGCAUGAGCAACCUGACGAGACACAAGAAGAAGUGUGACCUGAAGCAAGAGGAACCAGCCACUCCCCAAAAAGAUCAGACACAGGAGAGAGAGCAGGCAGCGCCGGGGGACGUGGGGCAGGACCACGGACCUUCCGGCCUCUUCCUCCCCAUUACCAUCCGCCAGCUCUGGGGUCUUCUCAGCAGCCCUCCGCUCCGUGGCCUGUGUGCCGCCAGCUGUCCUCUCACUGCGCCGCCCGCGCGCUCGCUGCGCUGUCACCCUUCCCCCGACCUCCACGCCCCGCCCAGCCUCCCGGAACACCUCUUCUGCCACCACGUCUUCUGCCUCCACCGCCAGCCAGGCAUUCGAUCUGAAGGCCAGGACCCACCCCCAGCCACUGCUCCCCUUAUCCUCAGACAAGGUUCUGGCCCGUCCCGGCACCUCCAGACUCCCAUGACCCGCAGUGCUGAGCUGAACCAUCAGCUGUUCCCUGCUGACAGCACCGGCCACUACAGCAAGGCCCAGGGUCCUCUCCAGCCCUGCAGCCGAAAGCAGCAGCACGCGGCUCGGCACGACUUCGGAGAGGCGGCAGGCUGGAGCUGUGGGAGCGGGAGGCGGGGUGUACCCGCCUCCACCUAUGCUGCUGCUGAGGAGGGCGCCAUGGCGAGGCAGGCCCCCGUCCCUGGAGAGCCGACUCCCACCCACCACGGAGAAGGCGAGGCUGGCAGCGAGGACCCCUGUGAAGGCAUGACCUGUGAGGCGAUCCUCAACAUGAUGGAUAAGUGA